CCGAGCCCGCGAGUAGAAUACUUACCCGACCACUACAGAUUAGUCCAACGGGCGAUAGCUGGGGGUUUGAAUACACUCGUUAUUGUGACAGUCUUCUCUUUUUUUUUAGGCGAUCAGCCAGAUCCAAGCUGACAUCACGGCCUCAAUGGCGGCAGCAAUUCCUCGCCGGGCACUCCGUUGCCCAAGAAUAUCAAAUCUCGGCUCAAGAGCUGCUCAACAAUUUCCCACCGGACGACCUGGUCAGUUACCUGGAUGCAUAUGGCAACGGCACUUCUCCAUUCAGGCACCUCGAUGUGUCAAAUUGACCUCUGAAACAUAUCCGAAUCUGAAGAGAGAUCCCAGGUUCGCGACGAUAACCGAGGACCAUGUAUCCUUCUUCAAAGGGGUCCUUGGAUCCGAAACUGCUAUUAUUGAUGGAGUCUCAAAAGAUGCUUCGGAUGAGCUUGUAGCGUUCAACCAAGACUGGAUGAACAAGUAUCGUGGCCAGUCCUCUUUGGUCUUGAAGCCCGAGAAUACCAAUCAAGUCAGCAAAAUCCUGAAGUAUUGCAAUGAGAACAGCCUUGCCGUUGUCCCACAAGGGGGCAAUACCGGCUUGGUUGGGGGCUCAGUUCCAGUCUUCGAUGAGAUUGUCGUCAGUACUCAGCGAAUGAACAAGAUCAAGUCAUUCGACGAAGUCUCGGGAUCGCUGGUUCUUGAAGCCGGCGUCGUUCUAGAGGUUGCGGAUGGCUACUUGGCUGAACGGGGUCAUAUUUUCCCCCUUGACCUGGGAGCAAAAGGUUCCUGCCAUGUUGGUGGCAACGUCGCAGCGAAUGCUGGCGGUCUUCGGCUCCUACGAUAUGGUUCUCUUCACGGAAGCGUUUUGGGUAUUGAAGCUGUUCUUCCGGAUGGAACCAUCGUGGACGACCUAGGCACCCUGCGUAAGAAUAACACAGGCUACGACAUCAAGCAACUCUUCAUUGGAGGCGAAGGGACAAUCGGCAUGAUCACCGGCAUUUCCAUUCUCUGCCCCCGGCGAUCUGCGGCCAUGAACGUCUGCUACUUUGGUUUGGAGAGCUACGAGCAGGUGCAGAACGCGUUCCAGGAAGCGAAGAAGCAGCUCUCGGAGAUCCUCUCGGCGUUCGAAAUGAUGGACGGCCACACCCAAAAUCUUGUUUCCAAAGUCUCCGGGAAGCCACUCCCGAUUGAGGGCGAGUACCCAUUCUACUGCCUGAUCGAGACAAGUGGGUCCAAUAGCGAGCACGAUAGCGAGAAAUUGCAAACAUUUUUGGAGGAUGUUAUGGAGAAAGGCAUUGUCCAGGACGGUACAAUGGCGCAAGACCAGACCCAGAUACUGAAUCUCUGGUCGUUCAGGGAACGUAUCCCCGAGGCCCUGCAACAUUGGGGAGGUGUCUACAAGUACGACGUCUCCAUCCCAAUCCAGGACAUGUACAAAUUGGUGGAAGACACUCGGGCUCGCUUGACGAAAGCGGGGCUUCUUGGAGAUGACGACAGCUAUCCCGCCAUCGACGCUCUUGGCUAUGGCCAUAUCGGUGAUUCGAACUUGCAUCUCAAUGUGGCCAUGAGGAGAUACGACAAGCGUGUGGAGAAAGAAUUGGAGCCUUUCAUCUACGAAUGGAUCGCCGGCCGCAAGGGGAGCAUCAGCGCAGAACAUGGCCUCGGACUGCAGAAGAAACCAUACAUCCAGUAUAGCAGAAGCGAGACCAUGGUGGGAUUGAUGAAGCAGAUCAAGAACCUCUACGAUCCUAAUGGGAUCAUGAACCCGUACAAAUAUAUCUAGCUUCGAUUCAAUCCUUGCAUAGAUACCCGGAUAUCGAGUACAAUAGGUUUAUCUUAAAAGCUCAUUCGCCCAAAUCGCUUUCCACUACGACGUGUUCUAUUCAAGAACGAUAUAUUUCGUGAGAUGCUCAGGAAUAGCACCGAGGAGCUUCUUCUCUGUCAACCACUUCCGUGAGAACAGGCGGUCCGCAUAUCGAUACGCUCCGUCAGCGAGCACCGUGACAACCGUAUGGCCGGGGCCCAUUUUCUCUGCGACUUCUUGCGCUGCCACCACAUUGAGACACGAGCUCGCACCGAGAUACAGCCCCUCCUCAUCCAAACAUCGGUAUACCAUGGUAAUCGUCUUCUCAUCGCUGAUGUGCACCGAGUCAUCAACAAGGUCGAUAUCCGGCUUCAAGUUAUCCGUAAUCCGAC